AAUGCCCAAGCCCAAAUGUUACCCUUACCCCCACCUUGCAAACCCUUCUCUUCCGAACGCAGAUAACCCCUUCUGCAAAACCUUCUCCCUCUCGCGCUCGCUGCCUCUCUUAGUCUCUCUCGCUCUCGCUCGCAAAUCUAAAAUCUCAAGUACGGCACUGUCUGCAAAUCCAAAUUAAUGGCAGAGGAAGUAGAAUUCACUGAGGAGUUCAAUGUAGACGAGACAAGACAGACCACUGAUUGGGCAACUUACAGGCAAUUCAUCAACUCCUUGCGGGGUCGAUUAGGCGAGAGAUUUUCCCACAACCGACCUGUGCUUCCCCCUCAGCAGAAUCCUCCAUCUCGAUGGUUCCACAUCAUUCUGCGAACCGAGUCUCACACAAUCACCCUAAGGAUCCGCCGAGAUAACCUCUACCUCGAUGGCUACCAAAUGGAGGAUGGUCAAUGGUUAGAGUUCAGAAGUGGGUCGUCCCAACUCAUCCCUGGAUCCACCUUCCUGCCCUUCGAUGGUGGAUACAAUGAUUUGCAGCGGGUAGCCAGGGUAGACAUGGAUAGCCUAAAUCUUAGCCAGAACCAACUCACAACUGCUGUAAACCAGCUUGCUGUCUCCACCAAUGAUCAAGAGAGGGCACGAUACUUGAUUGUUGUAAUUCAGAUGAUCUGCGAGUCCAUCAGGUUCGAACGUAUAUCAAACCAUCUAGCUGCUACAUUUCGAGACAGUUUGCCACCACCAAAUUGGAUGCUAGCCUUAGAGCACGGUUGGGAAGACGUUUCAGCCGCUUUGUUACGCCAGGAUGCGGAUCCAGAUUACGGUUUCCGACUUCCGCAACCAAAUGAUAUGGGGAUACAGAUAGCUGAACAGGCAGCCAAUGAUAUUGGUAUCAUGCUGGGACUAUGUUUCGGGCCUAGUGGAAUAUCAGCAAGGUUUCCUCGUAUGGCAUCCGAAUACCAUGGUCAGUGCUCCGUUGAAGGACGACCGAUGGUGGAGGUGUUCUCCGUGCGCAUCAACAACAUUGAUGGGGAGAACCCUGGUGAUCUCUAUGGAACAAUCGCUGUUUCAGAUGGAUUGGGUACUCAAUACAUUUACAACCGAGAGAGGGAUCAGUAUCAAUCCAUCUAUCCGGGAGAUAAUGCUUCACUAACUGGCCCUUCUUUGAGAGCCAUCUCAGCUUAUGGGGAUUUCACCAUUAGUCUUGCUUUAAUGGAUAAGGAUGCUGACCUAUCCCCGGACGAUGAGAUCAGUAAUGGGCAGAUUUCAUGGAACGUUUUCCAAACCAAUAAUGUGUAUGACCAGCUCUUGAGUGAAGAGGUUCCAGGAAAGUAUGGUUCGGCAACAGUGUACUAUACAGUUUUUUCCAAUGCGGUGCAGGCCACUAUCGAGGUUAAACUCAUAAAUGGAGAUGGGGAAGAUCCGGCCGAUGUUUAUGGGCGAAUAACUGCUCGUAGUAGCAGCAACAACAAUGAAAGUACAUUGUUUGAUUGGACAUCAGAUGAUUACAAACAGGUACGACCUCAAUACCUUAUUCCGCUGUCAAGAUCAAUAGUAGCUGUGCCAUUUGACUCGGAACUCAUAGUUCGAGCUAAGCUGUACGACUACGACACCCUUUCUUCUGAUGACGAGAUUGCCAACGGCACCGCUGAGUUCCCCGCUCGAACUUCCGGAAUAUUUUAUAAGAGUAUUUACGGCGAAUAUGGCGAGGUUCAAGUGAAGGUCACUUGGUAUGUCUAAGUCAUCAAUUCUGCAUGCGCGCUGCUUAAAUAAAUUCCAUGUUACUCCAUAUAUUUUCCAGUGUGAAGCAAUAAGGCAAGUGGCAGUGUUUGUUUGUUGUGUUGUGUUGUAUGGGUUUGGAGCUUUUUCUGUUAAUCUGUUUUUCUUGCUUUCUAGUGUACAAGUUUUAGCUUGUGGACCUUUCAAUAAAUUCCUUUGUUUGUUGUGUUUCAAAAUAAAAUCUUAUUAUUUUAAUUUCUAUGUAA